AUGCCUCCUACUCAAAUCCACAACGACGCUCAGUACGAAGCUAUGGAUCAUCCCAAAGAAGAUUGCGAUGCUGCUGGUGCACCCAUCAGGGGGAUCCAAGACCAUGCAUUGAUUGGGAACCUCAGGACUGCUGCUCUGGUCAGUCUGGAUGGAUCCAUAGAAUCGAUGUGUAUUCCGUACUUUGAUUCCCCGAGUGUCUUCGCCAGAUUGGUAGAUGCCAACAAAGGAGGUCAUUUCUCUAUCACUCCAACAUGGCCUUUCAAACCUAAACAAGCAUACGCCCCGAACUCCAAUGUCCUAGUCACCAAAUUCCUCUCUGAGGAAGGUGUAGGAGUAAUGACCGAUCUACUUGUACCUAAAGGAGCGAACUUGACAGGAUCACAAAGCAGAUCUUUUUUACCUUGGUUAAUCAGGAAAGUAGAAAGUAUCAGGGGAAAGGUUCCUUUUAGAAUGGAAUGUGCUCCGGCUUUCAACUAUUGCAGGGAUAAACAUACUACUGAGCUCGUAGACGAUGACUCUGUCCCAUCAGAAACCGAACACACCCACAAAGGUCUAUUCACCUCUCCAUCACUCACCCUGGAUUUACGAUACCUUACCAACUCGACUGAUCAAUGCGUCUCAGAUCCCUCCAUCAAACUUCAGGUAGAAGAACUGAAAAAUCGUGAACUGUUAGGUCCAGCCAUAACCUCGAAUUUUGAAUUGGAAGAAGGGCAAUGUGUCUAUUUCGUCUUGAGAGAAUGUGGUGAUUUCAGUUAUACCAAUGCGGAACAUGAACGAAUCGCCAAUCCAAACCCUCAAAGAGCUCAGUCAGUGGGUAUACCGUUGGAAACUAUGUUAUCGGCUGCUUCUAAAUUACGACCAAAAGAAAAUCCCAUGUUGACACUUUCUCUUCUCAAAGCGCUUAUUAGGGAUACAAAUUCAUAUUGGCAGAAUUGGAUCAAUAGGAGUAAGUAUAAAGGCAGAUGGAGAGAGGCUGUACAUAGAUCAGCCCUAGUCCUCAAAAUGCUGGUAUUCGAAGAGACGGGAGCUAUCGUGGCUGCUCCGACAUUCUCACUACCCGAAUUCUUGGGAGGUCAAAGGAAUUGGGAUUAUCGAUUCACCUGGGUUAGAGAUACCUCUUUCACACUGUAUGCUUUGAUUCGAUUAGGAUUUACUGAAGAAGCCAACGCAUACGUCGAUUUCAUCUUGGCCCGAUUGAGGGACAGAAACUCUGAUGGAUCGUUGCAGAUUGUGUACACCAUCCAUGGGGGCAAAGAUCUGGAAGAGAUCGAGCUCGAUCAUCUGGAAGGACAUAGGGGUUCUAAGCCCGUUAGAAUUGGAAAUGGUGCAGCCGAUCACUUGCAGCUGGAUAUCUACGGUGAAUUGAUGGAUUGUAUAUACCUCGCGCAGAAGUAUAGUAAGCCAUUAAGCUGGGAGUCAUGGGUCGCCAUCCGUCAAGUGGUAGAUUACGUCUGUACGCAAGUGGAUGUUCCCGAUCUAUCUAUCUGGGAAGUAAGAGGGAAAACAAAGCAUUUCCUCUAUUCCAAAGUGAUGUUAUGGGUGGCCAUUGAUCGAGGAUUAAGAUUAGCGGAGAAACGAUGUUUACCUUGUCCGAACAGGUAUAAGUGGCUUGAAGCUAGGGACAAGAUCUAUGAGGAUAUCCAAUCGAAAGGAUGGAAUGAGGAGAAAGGUUUUUUCAGUCAAAGUUACGAAGAUAAAGAUUCCCUGGAUUCCGCUGUCUUGAUUAUGCCACUUGUAUUCUUCAUGUCUGCGGCUGAUCCAAGAUUCACCAAGACCUUGGAGAAUAUUCUGAAGACGCCCGAGAAGGGAGGUUUGACAGCCAAUAACUCUGUAUACCGAUACAACGCGGCGAUAUCGGAUGAUGGUGUAGGUGGUGAGGAAGGUGCAUUCUCAUUAUGUACUCUAUGGUGUGUGGAGGCUUUGACUAGAGCUGGAGUGUAUCAUAAACCGUAUUUGGAGAAGGCCGUCAACAUGUUCAUGGACUUUUUGGGAUAUGGCAAUCAUGUGGAAUUGUAUUCUGAAGAAAUUAGUCCAGGAGGUGAAGGUUUAGGUAAUACACCACAAGCGUUCUCCCACGUUACGUUGAUAUCGGCUGCUUUCAACCUUGAUAGAGCGCUUAGUGGAGGUACGAUGUCUGCCUAG